CUGGCCAAUGAAAUCAAACAACGUGUCUUAAUUAAGUACAUCCGUUUUAUAUAUCAUAAACUUUACAGUUUAUCUAUUUGGCGUUUAAGAUGGCACUUCUGAGAUGCAUUUUUGUAGCACUAUAUUUGUGUUACAUUGUCAAAAAUGGCUACGGAUACCAUUCUUGCCAGGAUUUGAAAAUUGCAAAUCCAACAUUGAAAAGCGGGAAAUAUUCAAUGUACAAUGGGCGCGGUCAGCAAUACCAAGUAUAUUGCGAAUUCCAUUGUCACUAUGGAUACACAUUUCUCUCCAAAAGUACCAGUGAAAACGUCGACCUAAAGCUCCUUAAUCCGUCUCGAUCAGAAGUUUUGGUACGGCAUAUGCGCUCAAAUGGUCACCAGUAUGAUACCUGGAUGAAACAGAUCACUCGCCAUGCCAGUCUGCCACUAAGUAUUCAGUACAACAAAAACUGUGAUUAUGCCACUCCAAUUAACCACGCUACAAUGGGUCCAUACUUGUACUUAGGCUUUCUGCCAAUACAUGUCGCCCGAAGCCGAUCUAUUCAAGGUUACAUGGCUAACUACCGCGACUACACGUUCAGAAAUUGCGACUCGAAUCCAAAUAGUUAUUUAGCUUUCUUUAUCAACCCCAAUCACAGGAACCCAAAUGGAUACUAUAAGCGGUGCUGCUACUCAAAACUAAUGAGGGACUGGAUUAACGUCGGCAGAACAGCGUCCGAAGACCUUCCAAGUGAUUAUUUUUUCCAGUUUGAAAUGCACAUGGGAGGCUGUGGAGGGUAUGCAAUCAAUGGUCAUAACACAUUGCGUGACAUCAUAGGUGCGGCCUUGGGCAUGCGCUUUGAACUUCCGAGGAGGGUACAAAAUGAAACCAUAAUUUGUGACUCUCAUCAAUAAUGAAGUAGACACAAACAACUUGAACAAGGACCUUUAAAGUUGAAAAAGUACUUUUAUACCUUUUUAGAUAGACUUUCUCCAGGAUUGAAUGGAAGUGUCAUGAAAGUUUAAUUUUAAAAAGUGAUUUAUAAACACGAAUACCAAAAUUAGAGCUUUUUUAACUUUAGCUUAAUUAGGCCUACGCACAAAUUAUGCAAAUUCGAUUGAUUAAAAAUAGCUGUCUUUCUGCAAAACUGACCGAGUUUUUAAUAUUCCUGCAUACUUUCUUAAUUGCUUAAAUUUAAUUAAAAUGAUAGGUGAAACGUUCGAAUUUUAUAAAAAUGGUCAUUUACAAGUUGAUGAAAUUCUGAAACUAUCUUUGCGUCCUGAGCCGUGCAUUUAGUCUAAUAUAAAGACAAACACUCUGUCAUUUAGAAGUGAUGAAAAAAUAAUUUUACAUUUUCCCUAAUAAAAUUCUACGUACUUGAGCUCGCAAACGACAAUGAGAGACAUAAGGAUGUCCUGAUAUAUUCCGAGAUAAAUGUUGUACCACUUCGGUGAAGUGAAUGUUCAAUGUGCUUUACUUAGAUUUCAUGAUUUUAUUACUGAUUACUGUUAUCUUGGUAUAUUGAAUGUUAACAGGCCAUUUUGGCGGACUUUGACACUUAACGGUUCAAUAAACUGGACAUAUAUUUA